AUGAGUCCAUUCUCCACCGAGAAAGAUUUUUCGGUGUGCUCGAGGAUGAGCUACCCGCAAAGAUCUUUUCUAAUGAGUGUCAUCCUCCUACUCUGGCACGAGAGCUCCGUUGUUAUUGACGAAUUCGGUUCUCGGGGCUUCCGAAGCGCCAUGCCGCCAGCAUAA